AAAGGGGGUGGCGGGUAAAGCUGUUAGUUUCUCAACAAUGGCGACGGAGCUUUGAGAGCUAAAACAAAUUAGAUUCGACAUUGUCCUUUCCUAUCAUAAUAAUUAGUCAACAAAAGUUUGGUCUUUCCUUCUCACGAUCGAGACGCGGGUAAAAGGAAAAGCUAUCUCGAUUACAGUUGAAAUGGAGCCCUCAAUUUCAUACAUGUGAUCGCAUUGGAAUUCGUUUUGACCCCUUUUUCUUGUUCUUCCGAAUUUCCCCUAUUUUCCUCUCCCCAUCCCUCCCAAAUUCCUGUUUUUCCCCUUGAGAUCAAUGGAUUCACAAAACCCAUAUCGCAAUUCCCUUUACCCUCAAGUCAUUCAUUCAAAUCCCGACGCCCCUUUAUCUUCCUUUGCCAAUCCGAUCCCACCUUCGACUUCCAAUCUUUACCCCACUCUUGAUAUGAAGGAUAUGGUGGAGAAUCUGUUUCCUGACGAUGUGGGUUUUCUUCAUCCUCCUUCGGCCCCAGCUCCGCCUUCCGCUUCGGCUCCUCCUCUCGCGGUGGAAGAGGUUCUUAUUAGAAUCCCAGGCGCCAUUCUUAACCUAAUUGAUAAAGAGUAUAGUGUUGAGCUUGCUUGUGGAGAUUUGACCAUUGUCCACAUUCGCCAAGGAGAGAGCGUUGUUGCGGUGUUUGCGCGUGUUGCUGAUGAUAUUCAAUGGCCAUUAGCGAAGGAUUUAGCUGCUGUGAAACUUGAUGGUUCGCAUUACUUCUUCUCUUUUCAAGCUCCUAAGGAACGUGAUUCGGAUUCUGAUUCGAGUGAUGACGAAGAUAAGAAGAAGAAGAAGAAGAAGAGUGGGUCGGAUGAUUAUUUGAGCUAUGGGUUAACGAUUGUUUCCAAAGGUCAAGAGGGAUUGUUGAAGGAACUGGAUGGGAUUUUACAGAAUUAUAGUAGUUUUACAUUGCAGAAGGUAUCGGAGAGUGCCAAGAAAGUGGAGGUUCUGGAUGAGUCUUUGGCAAAAGAGAUGUCGCCGGCGGAUUUGAAGACAGAGAAGAAGAAAGAAGAGAUGGAAGGAAAAUGUGCAGCGUAUUGGACUACAUUGGCUCCUAAUGUGGAAGAUUACAAUGGACUGGCUGCUAAGUUGAUUGCGGCGGGAUCGGGGCAAUUGGUUAAAGGAGUUUUGUGGUGUGGUGAUGUGACUGUAGAAAGGUUGAAACAGGGGAAUGAGGCUAUGCAGAAGAGGCUGGACCCCUGUUCUAACACUGAGAUCAGCCCUGAAACCCUCAAGAGGAUUAGAAGGGUUAAGAGGGUUACAAAGAUGUCGGAGAAAGUAGCCAAUGGAGUGCUCUCUGGAGUGAUUAAAGUUUCUGGAUACUUUACAAGUUCAGUGGCUAAUUCAAAAGUUGGGAAGAAGUUUUUUGGAAUGCUUCCCGGGGAAAUUGUACUAGCUUCUCUUGAUGGAUUUGGCAAAGUUUUUGAUGCUGUUGAAGUUGCUGGAAAAAAUGUCAUGGCUACAUCUUCCACUGUAACAACUGAGCUUGUGACCAAAAGGUAUGGGGAGCAAGCUGCAAAUGCAACCAAUGAAGGCCUUGAUGCUGCUGGACACGCUGUUGGGACAGCAUGGGCUGCUUUGAAGAUUCGGAAAGCUCUGAAUCCGAAAAGUGCUCUCUCACCAAAAGCUUUAGCUAAAUCUGCUGUUAAAGCCGCAGCUGCAGAUGCAAAGGCUAAGAACUCCAAGUAAAUUGUUGGAAUUAUUUGUUAUUAACUAAUAUUAGGUAUGAGCUGCUGUAACAAAUUAAGUUGAGCUUAUUGAAAAUUCGAGCCACUCCAUCUUCAUGCCCACUUUUGCGUUUUCUAUUGAAAUCAUUGUUGGUGUAGAGUUCUUGUAUAUAAGUUACAUGGAUCCUGAAAAGAAUGAAAGAUUUGUUUCUGUUUUCUUUCUACAAUUAUUCUUUCCCCUCAUCAAGAGCCUAAAAACUGCAGAAACUUAGUCCCUCCCCUGAUAUAAGGCUGUAACCAAGUGUCUUCAGGA